CCCAAUUAUAUGAAUUUAUUAGGUGGUUUUCCCUUGUUUAGAGGAGUUGACAGUCACAGGUAUGAGGGACUGUAGAAAGAUAUGGCAGGACCAACUCAACAUGGAUUCAUUUAGCAAACUAAAGAACAUACUGGUUAAAGACUGUGAAACACUCUUAAAUAUUUUUCCCUUUAGCAUGAUGGAAAAACUUGAGGAACUAGACAUGUUGGAGAUUGUGAAUUGUAAUUCGCUAGAAGAAAUAAUUGAACCACGAGGACUCAUUGCUAAUGAAUCAAAUGCAGUAACAGCUACUGAAUCUAUUGUGGUAGAAGCAGUGACUAAAUUUGUAUUUCCCAGAGUAACAUACCUACGACUUGAUGAAUUGCCCAAAUUGAAAAGUUUCUACUCUAGGAUGCAUGCUACAGAUUGGCCAUCAUUGAAAAGAAUGAAGCUGGUUUCUUGCCACAAAGUAGAGUUAUUUGCUUCAGAAUGUCUUGGCUUUGGAGAAACUCAAGCAGAGAGCCAGCUGGGUGAAAUCUCAAAUAAACAACCCCUGUUUUGGGUCAAUGAGGACACUUUCCCUGUCCUAGAAGAAUUGACAUGGAAGCGGAAUGAUAAGAUGAAAGGGAUAUGGCAUGGACAACUCUCAUUGCAGUGUUUCAGAAAACUAAAAGUUCUUAACCUCGAAUGCUUUCCUGACACAUCAGCAACUGCUCUUCCAUAUUGGUUCCUUCGGUCAUUACCAUAUCUUGAGAAGAUUGUCAUAAAUGAAGCUUCCUUCUGUCAAAUUUUCCAGUUUGAAGGGAUCAGCGAUGAGGAAAGACAUACAUCAGCUCUCACUCAGAUAAAGGAAUUGAGGUUGUCUAAACUUCCAGAGUUGACACAUCUCUGGAAAGAAGAAUUCAAUCCUAGAGCAACUUUAUGUAAAAUAAGAAUUCUUGAAGUGCUGGAAUGUGGACAAUUAAAGACUUUAGUGCCAUCAUCGGUGUCUUUUGAAAAUUUAACAACUCUGGAAGUUUCAAGAUGUCAUGGAUUCAUCAAUUUAAUAGCGUGCUCAACAGCUAAGAGCCUGAUGCUACUAGAAAGAAUGAGUAUAACUGAUUGCAAGAUGAUAGAGGAAAUCAUAGCUUGUGAGGGUGAAGAAAUAAAAGGUGGCAUUAUGUUCACCAAACUGAAGUAUCUGCGGCUAAGUUGUCUACCAAGUCUAGCAAGCUUUUGCUUAGGGGAUCACAUCAUUGAAUUCCCGGCCUUGAGAAAGGUGAUUGUGAGAGAGUGCCCAAAAAUGAAAAUUUUCUGUGAAGGAGUUUUAAGCACACCAAAGCUGCAACAAGUGCAAUUGACAGAAGAUGAAGAUGAAGUAAAAGUGCGUUGGGAAGGCGACCUUAAAACUACUGUAAAGCAGCUGUUCGAAGAAAUGAAUGUCCAAAAUUCUGAAGUGAUUGAGGUGACCCUUUAGUUGGACAAGCUGGAAUAAGGUAAUAUGUUUUGGUGCUUGUAAGACAAUCUCAUUUUCCUUUCAAUUCAAAUCCGAUGGAAAGUAAAUACCUGUUCUACUCUCAUAGUUCUUCAUUUUUCCACUUUAUUUCCCUUCAUCAAGGCGCAAUUUCUUUAUAGAGUGACGUGGGAGAUGCCGUCUGAUCGUUGAACGUUGAAUUUUUCUACUGAAGUUCGAGACUGGCACUUUCCUUUGAACCCAAAAGGUGCAUCAUGCAUGGCACUGCAAAUUACAAACAUGUAUUCUUUUACUUGCAAGGUCAAUCAGCUUAAGACUGCCCUGUUUCGGUAUUACGAAAACUUGUUCUUCAAGGUUGAUGGAUUUUCCAAUAUGUUAUGGAUAUCAUUAAUUCUCUCAUCCUUCGUCCAUUUCAAUCACAUUAAACGACAGAUUAGUAUAUUCCUUUGCUGGUAUUUUCUCUUUUCAAUUCUUGACUUAACAAUUCUGAGUUAUUGGUUCCUCAUGGUCAGAUAAUUUGUUGUAGUUUAUUGCUUUCUUACAAUUGGAAAUUUGACUUGGUUGGAUUUGAUGUUCUUAAUUCCUUAUCGGAUGGGAGCUAGUUUCUUUAUUUGACAUUAUGGAGGAUCAGAGUAGCUAGAGUUGUAUUUUAAUUUCACUCUACGCUCUUAAUCUUUGAUGUAAGUGAAUCAAUUUAUUCUUCAGCAUAAUUUUUAUUUAUUUAUUU